CUAACACAACUCAUUGAACAAAGUGGUCCUUUAUUCUCUGGUAGAUGGAACUAAGAGAGAGAAUGGGCAACAGGGCUACGCUUGUGGCAGAAGAGAGAAAAAGAACACACAAAGCAAUUUUUUGCUUAAUAAAACACCAAUGCUAUUUUAUAUGAAGAACAGAUCUUUGCAUUCCAGAGAAACUGUAUUUCUACAGGGCACUGACAGUGAAGAAAACGUCUCAGACCUCACAUUUAGUGACAGCUACAGCCUUGGCUGGGAAGCUAUCAGCCAGUUACAUACGUUUACAACAGAAGAGGAACGGGCAGACAAAGGUGACAGAAGAUAAUCAUCAUGGCAUCAGCAGGUCUACAGUUCUUUGCUUUUAUUCUAGCUUUGUUGGGUGUUUUCGGCGCCAUCACAGCCACCUUACUGCCCAACUGGAAAGUAAAUGCAGACGUGGGUUCAAAUAUCAUAACGGCUAUAACACAGAUGCAAGGGCUCUGGAUGGACUGCACAUGGUACAGCACCGGGAUGUUUAGCUGCACUCUGAAAUAUUCAGUCCUAUCCCUCCCUGUCUAUAUCCAGGCUGCACGGACGACCAUGGUCCUAUCUUGCAUCCUAUCAGCUUUUGGGAUCUGCAUCUCCACAGUAGGAAUGAAGUGCACAAAGUUGGGAGGGGACAGGGACACCAAAAGCUACACUUCUUUUGCUGGAGGCGUCUGCUUCAUCCUUGCAGGAAUCUUUGAGUUGAUACCAACAUCCUGGUAUACAAGAGAGAUAAUUUCAAAUUUUCUGGACCCAACAGUCCCAGAGAGCAGUAAAAAUGAACCAGGAGGAGCUGUUUAUAUUGGAUUCAUUUCAGCAGGACUUCUGUUCAUUGCAGGUGUGAUCUUCUGCACUUCCUGUUUUAAAAAGCAGCAGGGAGCAUGGAUUUACCCUACUAAGCAACAACAGUUCCCAGCCACACAGCAAGAGAACAAUGUAGGCUACAACCUGAAGGACUAUGUGUAAAUAUAGUAAUGUCUAUCAGCUGGGGCUUUUUUGUUUACUUUAGAUUUUUUUUUUAAAACAAAAACACUUAACUGUUCUUAAUGUCAGGGCUGCAAUUACAUUUUAACAAGGUAUUUUUAUUUUUAAUUAAAAUCAGGAAAAAAGA